UAGGUGUCGCAUGUCUGUAGGAUCUCACACAUGUCAUGAAUGGACGGCAGAUGUAUGGUCACAUGUAUAUCAUGCAGUGUCUCAAUACAUACCAAUCGAUGGCACCAACCUUACUGACUGACAAAUAGACGACACACACAUUGCAUUGCACAUGGAUAAGAUGAGCAAAAUCAGCCAUUCUCACCAUCUAUCCAACAGGGACACGCAGCAAAGCGGUACGAUUCACGAUGGACGGAAUACACAAUGCAUAGACGUCACAUCGUCCCGGAAUAGACAAUGCAUCGACUGGAUCUCCGAAAAAACAGAUAGGUCUAACAGAUUGGACAAGGACACAGACAGGUCUGGUGUGGUCUCAUUCAUGCUCAUCGACAGUGGGCGGGAGCCUCAGCUCCUUCUGCGAUAGGCUGUACCCCGAGAGGGACUGGCGGGUGGAGGUAAGCAGCGCGGAGCUCCUCCUGGCCUGGCCGGCCUUGCUGUUGGGCUGCUGGCCGCCCAUGAUCCAGUUGAUUAUGCGCUCUUGGUCGAUGAUGGAGCUAUGGCGCUUCGAACGGGUGGCCUUGUCCAGCUCCUGGAACACCUGCACUCGCUUGUGCGAAUCAAUGCCUGCACCACGGACGGGAGACACAUGUGCAUGCCAGCCAGCGUGUUGGGUUGGUCGGCCAUAUGUGUGUGCCGUGCCACACCUACCGCCUUUGUCUGACUGGUAAGAAGUUUCCUGCAGUUGUUUCCGCAUGAGUCUGAGCCUCUGGAUGGAUAUCUCGGCCAUCACAUGCUCAACCUCCGGAUAGUGACGCAGAAUCUACAUGACACAAACACAAACAACACAGCGAGAGAGACAGUCGGCUGGGUAAGUAAGGUAAGCAGUGCUCACGAAUUGGAAGUCUUCUCUUUUGGCGGCGAAGAGGACAGUGGGCUCAGCCGCCACGGCAGCGAACGGCUGGCCUGUCAACUGUCAAAUGCACGCACAGCACAGCACAGGGGACACCAGAGACCUUGCGCUUGUGUGUGUGUGUCUCUUUGUCUUCGUCUCUCUGUGUGUGUGGCAGGCACGUCAAGGAAGAGUCCCUCAUCUCCGAAGAUGGAUCCGGCUGAUAGGAGCAGCGAUACCGCCUGGUCGCUUUCGAGCCAAUCGAAGGAACCGAUGUCUCGCCACAGCACACCUCGCCUGACAGACAGUUGGUUGACACAACACACAGAUACUGAACUGACUGGAUCACGUCACGGAGGAAUGCACUAACUGCACCCACAGGCUGGGUGACUUGACUGACCUCGAUAGUGAUUUGCAGUCUUGGUCCACCAAAGGGAUCAGCAGCUGAACGACACCUGCAUCAACUCAACGCAUGGUCCGCACAUAUCAGUCAAUGUGUGUGUAUGUCUCCGUGUCAAGCAGUGCUGCGUGGCUGGACUGGAUGUCGGGCACCCACCAGAGCUGAUCAAGUAGAUGUAUUGUGAUAUCUCAUGUUGGUGGUGGAUGACGUCACCGGGCAAGAACACAGUGCGCUCCAACACGGGCACCAGACUCGUCACGAACCCUGGGUCGGCUCGCUUCAGCACGGGAGACACCUGCAGCCAGCCAUGCCACCCACGCUGCAUACACUACUUCCCGUGCGUAUGGUAUGCGACAACGCACCCACCUCACCUCAAUGAGGGGUGCGCAUAUGUGCAGCUUGACCCUUUUACAGAGUGCAGGCGAGAGGUUGCGGAGUAUUCUAUCCUCACUCUGGGACAGAACGUUCUUCUCGUAAAAGUACUCCAGCACUUGCUGCACACCCAAUACACCCGCCAAACAGACAGACAAGCAAGCACACAAAUGCAGCUCAGCUCUCCUGCUGUCUGUCUGUGCGUGUCUCUGGUAUCUGUUUCUUGCUUCUGCAGGCACCUUCUGCAGGUCUUUCGGGACCUUCAAGUGCUUCAUGUACUGCUUGAGAUCCUCCAGCUUGGAAUAGAACAUGUGUGUGGUGUUGUCCAUGUUGGUCAGCAGCGCCGCCACAGUACCUAUCACCACGGCAAACAGCGAGGCACCUGAGACAUAUACCACACCCACAGAGACACCAUUGCACCGCUUCACUUGACCGCUGUUCAUGGUGCUCUGUAUGUUAGCUUCCUCCCUGCCUGACCGACAGACCGAUGAGCAUGGAGGCAAUGACCACCCACGCCUCGUCCACAUUCCGAGGCGGACCCGUCUUCCCUACAAGCCAGCCAAAAACCGACACACACAGAGUAGAGUGCACAUUACAUUAACGGAUGGAGAAUGGAGAGAUAAGUGCCUGCCUGCUGUGAGCGUCUGUCUCUUUGUUUGUGUACCAACCGUAUCCGAUGCAGAGCAUGAGGCUGAGCGCCUUGAAGAGCGAGAAACUGUACAGCUCAGAUGUGGGCCGGCAGAGGGGGUCCACGGGGUUGCCCACUUUCCUGCUGCAGUGCGAGGAGCCGUCUCGCUGCGCGGCUGUCACCGUCUCCCCCUGCAUGAUCCAGCUGUCAUCCGGGAAGUCCGCCAGUCUUGUUUGGAAGAAGGCCAGGCAGGCGCUCCAGUGUGCGAACAGCAUCAGCACAAACAGGUACUUGAUGACUUGCAGCACCAGAGACGAGGCCAGCGUCGAGAAGCGCUGCAGCGACCGGGCCAUUCUGGCGAUGCGCAUGAGCUUGGUCAGGCGAAUGAGCUUGAGCAUCCGGAAGGCCCGCGAUGCCGAGUAGGUGUGGUAGAUGCUGCUGCUCUCGUCUCCGCUGGCGGCCAGCGUGAGGAUGGUGAAGAUGACAUCGAAGGGAAAGGACGCCACCAAGUCGAUGGCGAAGUAGUUGCGCAGGUAAUAUCUCGACGUCUCCCGCACGGAGAGGAUCAAGAUACCAUCCUGCUCAAAACCAGUCCUGCAUUGGCCGACACACACACACACACAGAGAUGGGCACGCGGACCUCAGAUGUACUCUCGCAGAUGGACAGCUCACAUGAAGUUGAGAACGAGGUCGGUGCAGAAGCAAACAUCGAUGACGAGGAGGAAGAUUUUAGCAAUGGACAGUUCGGGCCACUCGGGAUAGUAGAGGCCAGGCACGCCCCCGUGGCUCUCGAGGUCGUCCUCCCCCUGCAGGAAGCUGAUUGAGAAGGGGGUGUAGAAGACAGACACGAGGGUCAGGACGAUGAUGACACAGUCCCACGUGACGCGGAACGUCGACGCGGGGUGGAUGGCGUCCUCUAUGCCAUCCUCCCCCUCCGCCGUGGCCUCCUGAAGGGACACGCCCCACAAGCGGCGGGAUAUGCCUGCACAAACACACGCAGCCUCGUUCACGCUGUCACGCGUGCUGUCUCUCCUGAUUGCGCCGUGAGUGUAUGCACCUGAUAGGGACCGGUCGUAGGAAGUCUUCGACUCGUGUCUGGCUUUGGCCAUGUCGUCGUCCGCGUCGAAGCUGUCAUCCUCCUCUUCCUUGCUCCCACUCGACGCUUCAGCACCUGAGAGGUCACGCUCAGGCUUCAUCUUCUAGAGAUAGCAAGGCGGGGAGGGAAGCUGGGAG